CGCAAACUAUUCGAUAAUGUUUUGCUAGCAAUAGAGUUGCAACACUCCUCCUUCCUACAUUGCCAAGUAACAUUUGUGCAAGCCGAGAUACAAUGGCCCUCGCCAAUCGAUCUUCUACCAUCCGCGCGCGUGUCGCUGCAAGCCACUCAAUUCGUGCGAUACAACCACUCCGUCUAGUCAUCGUGCGCGCGGAUCCUCCUUCGGGCGGCGUGAGGGUGACGCGAGAAUUUAGGGAGGGUGACAACGAUGUGACAAUUCCUGGCGCACCUACCGUGAGGAAGGAAGCGGAUGGACUGUACAUUGAUGGAGAUGCUCCGCCUCCGCGGCCAAGGAAAGACAACAUGAGCAAGGAGAUGAAGGCGCGGCUCCGGGCAGAGUACACGGGCUUCGGUGGCUCUGAAAACAAGGGAAUAGCAGCAGAGGAAGCUCACGCCGUAUCGGCACUACCAGCAACACCAUCAGCUGCAACCGUCACUCUGUCGUUCGCCUCACCCCGCACACCCCUCAUCAUCGCAGCAGCAGCAGCAGCCGUCACAGAGAGCCCCUCGCUUGAGGAGACACCCGCCCUGCAGCUCCGCCCCGCCUCCUCCGCCUCCGAGGACUUCCCCAUGAGGCCCCCGGGCAGCACCACCUUCAACAGCCGAACCUCCACUUCCGCCACAACUGCUGCCGCCGCCGCCACAGCCUCCUCAGCGUCAGCCCCAGCAUCGGCCACGGCUCACUCCUCCCUGAAUCCUCAGCAGUGGGUGCUGUUGGAGGAGGGCGAGGAGCUGAUGCGAUCCACACCCGAGCAGCGUGCAUGGACGUGGACGUGUAUCGCGCUGUUGGGCGCCACCAUGCAGCAGGCCACACGGCAGGUCCACAACGCGGAGGAUGCGGUGGUGUUUGGUGCAGCUGUGCUGCUGGCGUACAGCCUGGCGGACCUGGGCACCGGCGUCUACCACUGGGCUGUGGACAAUUACGGGGACGCCUCCACCCCGCUGGUGGGUCGCCAGAUCGCGGCCUUCCAGGGACACCACCAGCGCCCCUGGACCAUCACACAGCGCCAGUUCGCCAACAACGUGCACCAGGUGUUUGGUCCCGCCUGCUACCCAGCCGCUGCGCUGCUGACGCUCAGCCCGCUCAUGCCGCUGGGUUGGAACGCCUGGUCCUCCGCCUUCCUGUUCACCGUGUGCAUCAGCCAGCAGCUACACGCGUGGAGCCACAUGAAGAAGAGCGAGCUGCACCCGGCGGUGGUGGCGCUGCAGGACGCGGGUGUGCUGAUCGGUCGGCGCAUGCACGGCGCGCACCACCGCCCGCCCUUCACCGACAACUACUGCAUCGUGAGCGGCUGGUGGAACCCGCUGCUGGACGGCUCGGGCGUGUUCCGGCGCAUGGAGGAGGCGAUCCGAGACCUGACGGGUGUGGAGCCGCGCUGCUGGCAUGAGCUUCAGGAAGAUUGGCGCGAGAUCGAGCGGCCGCAACGGCGGCAGGCAACCGCCACCGCCGCAGCCACCGCCGCAGCCAAGUAGUUGGGUUGGGGAGCAGCAGCAAGCACCUUGCUUGAUGAGCCGGACUUACAGCUGCUCUUUGCCGGCAUGCAUGCAUGCAUGCCGUAUUGUUGCUGAUUGCUGCAACGACAUGCAACAUGUAAAUGCAAACGUGGAACCCUAUCACGGAUCGGCAACAGGGGCGGUUCCCUAUCUUGGAUCCGCACAGGAUCCCUAUUGUACGAUUUUACGAUUUCGUACGGUGUGCUCCUUUGACGCCCAUGAAAAGCAGCCGUGACCAAAAACUGUUCCGCGGUUUCCUACGUUUCCUGUAUGCGUUGAGCUUCAUGCAGUUUUGGCCAUUUCAUUGCCGCUCAUCAUGGGUUGUGGCCCAUUGGGCAGCAAUACAGUGCCGGUCUAGCUAGGGAGAGGGAGAAAGCAUGAGAGGCGUGUCAAUGUCGAGUGAUGUUUUGUUAAGGCCGCGAGUCGGAGUUGUUGGAAGAUGUUUUGUGAGACUGUGAGAGUGUGAGUGUUCUUGAGGCAGUGUGCGACAUUCUGAAUGGAUUGCGAAAGACCUGUUGAAGUUUGCAAGCUUCAACGAAUCCGUUUAUUUGCGCCGUGGAUUUUGUUGUCUUGAUUGACUACCCUACGCUUAUUACUUACAUCCCUUUUGUGGCGGCCAUGUGUUUGCUUUGGCUAUGGGUGUGACACAGCUUUCCUCGGCGGCUGCCUUUGCGUACGGUUGCCGUGUUUUGAACGUGACUUCCAUGGUGACCCAGCGUUGUAUGCUUAUUGGCAUGGUGGUUCUUGAUGUGGAUUGUGAAACACGACUGAUCAUCAUGCAUCACGAGGUGCGGGUCAUGGUGGUUUCCGGUAAAACAUGAUGAAUUAAUGUUUGCGCCUAACUUCCGUACGCCGAGGGUACGACAACAAGGCGGAAACACACCCGAAGGAUGGGCGUGGAGUAGUAAGAGCGCAUCACAAGUAACAUAACAUAUGGCUUGAAGAGCACGGGAGCUACAUACCAGCAUUUAUGAAGUGUGUGGCUUGUACGGAGGCAGCAGGGGCAUGGGCCAGUUUGAUUUGCAU